AUGGCUUCACCCCUCAUUAACCAGCGUCGCUUUGCUCUCUUCUGCCUGUUGGCGUGCCUUGCCGUUCUGCCCGCGUUCAGCCAAUCCUACUGCUACUGGAGCCAGACGGCCUGCGGACCCAUCGCUUCUUACAAAGUGCGCGUCGCCAGGGAAGAAUACCCGAAGCUGGUAGACCAGGCGUGGAUCUACGUCUACAACGCAACUGGACUGCAGAGUUCCUCCCUCUGCGGCAUCAUCAACUUCGUCAACGACAUGGCUCAGGCCUACCCCGACGUGUGCCAAGACCAAUACGGCGUCAUGCACAAGCACCUCCCCAUGUCGGCCAUGCAGAACGUACUCACCACCCUCCAGUCAUCGCUGUACAACAACUUCCUGGCAUGGGACGCGAAGGACGGCAUCGCCUACUACGACAGCAUCGCCACCCAGGCCGCCAACGUCGCCAAAAGCCCUGUUUUGUCCUUCCACAAGGAGGAUUUUCUCAAGCCGACGCAGGACCAUUAA